AUUCUUGCAUCCUCCUUUCCUUCUGCACAGCUUUGAAACAGUCGACGUCAUUUCUCUCGCGCUGUUUGACUUGCUUCCUUUUGUUUUAGGCUUCUUAAGGCCUACGAACCACUGUGAAGCAGUUUGCAUUUGUGGGCGUGCUUGUUUUUCGUCAGUCCACUUUGCAGCUGUAGCGCGACACUCCCUCUCCAGCGCCCCUCAGCCUAUGACGGCUUGUGCUUUGGAACUCGACACCGCUAUGGAAUAGGAUUCUGGCGGUUCAGGAGCGUCGCCGUGGAGUUGGCGACAUUUCGCUUGUCGGCAUUUUAACAUCUCGGCGAGCACCACACUUCACCAGCUUGGAGCAGGCGGCGUAUCAACCUUUGUGGUUGGUCAUUUGCAUCCGCGCGUGCAGCAGGGUGCUUUGGGUGUGGCGGUCGGGGGAGCCCUGCAGCCCUUGUUGCCUGGCGCCUGGCUGCCUGGCGCCCGCCCUGCUGUGAUGCCCUACUUGGCAGCGGACCGCACCCCUGCAGGUGGGGGCAACGCUGCCAGCCCGUUCUUCAGCCCCGGGCUGCAGCUCCACCUUGCCCUGUCCACGCAUAGCCUGGCGCACGGCGUGCAGGACCUGACGACGCAGCCUCAGGGCCCCAGCCUGCCUACCUACCCAGUCCUUCUGGUGGGUGCCGCCACGGGGCUCCCAGAGGGCGAGCAGCUGUCCUCAGCCGGCGUCCGGGAAGUGACCAGCGCUGCCUUGUCAGUGCUGGACACCAUGUGCAGGCAGGGCAACCAGCCGCAGCUCUUGCAGGGCCACUCUCUGCACAGCACAGGCCGCCCCUCCCGCACGUUUGCGGGGCUGGCCUUCAGCCGGCGCGCGACCAGCGCCAGCAAAGCAGCCUUCACAGCGGAGCUCAUGCGCAGGUCACCGCUGGCGGUACCACUCCAGCGCGGUCAGGCUGUCCUCAUGGUUCACGUGCCAGUGGACACCCGGCCCAUCAUUCCAGGCACCUACACCGUCACGGUCAAGAUGGUAGGGGGCCCUGUGUGGGGGGCUUUCCGCGGUCGCACCAAGUUGGUGCUGCAGGCGGGCGGCUAUCCCACCACCUCGGACCCCUCUAACCUGGCGUGUGCUUAUGUGGUCUCAGAGCAGUGCGCCAGAUCGGUGGGCCCCAAGGGGGAGCCCCAGGCCCCCGCAGGCCAGGGCAUCACCAACCACAUCUUUGCCUGUGUGCGGGGCCCCAUCUGGGACCCGCAGCUCUCUCACCUGCACAGUGCCAAGUUUGAGAUGCCCGGUGAGGAGCCCAUGCAGGUGGAGGUCCGUGGCGCCCCCCAGGCGGCUGGGACGGCCACGACAGCUGCGGCAGGCAGCCCUACUCCGGCUGCAGCCGGGGUCGCCGACCUGGGUGGCAACACCUUGGGUGUGGUGAGGCCCGCGGCUGCCAUGGCGACCGCAGCGGACAUCGUUGACCACGUGGGGGACGUGCAGAUGCAGGAGGCGGCGGGUUUGGGUGACACGGCGGCUGCAGCUGGUGGCGCCAGCGGGCCACACAGCGGGGCCCCGCCCCCGCUGCCUGUCCUGGUGGCGGGGGGAAGCAACCGUACUGCUGCGGCUGCCCUGCGGGCCGUGCUGCACCAGCAGCCCUCUUCGCAGCAACGGGUGGCAGCGGGAGGGUUUAGCGGGGUCCAGCCGGCGGCAGGCGUGGGGGGGCCGCCGGCGGCCAGGCCUCGCCCUGCCGGUGCUGGGCCGGCGGACGCGCAGCAGCAGCACAGUGGCGCUCCCACGCCACAGCCGCCCUUGGAUCAGCGGGCAGCCGCCGGGCAGGAUCAGGAGCAGACCGCUGUGAUGCAGCGGUACUUGGCCGAUUUGGCGGAACUCAAUCUACAGAAGCAACGGCGGUUACAGCAUCAGCAGCAGCAGGAGCUGCAGCGCCAGGGGCAGUCGCCCAGGCCCCGGACCGGCUCCCAGGUUGGGGUCCUGGCCACGCGGGGGGGGCAGGACGGGGCGGGCGGUGGCGCUAGCACGGCGGCGUCACGGCGUGGGCAACGUGUUGACAUAGUUGACCACGUGGGGGACGUGCAGAUGCAGGAGGCGGCGGGUUUGGGUGACGCAGCGGCUGCCGCUGGUGGCGCCAGUGGACCACCCGCCGUGGCCUCGCCCUCGCUGCCAGCUCUGGUGGCGGGGGGAAGCACCCGUGCUGCUGCGGCUCCCCUGAGGGCCGAGCGGCAGCAGCAGCCCUCUUCACAGCAGCGGGUGGCAGCAGGAGGGUAUAGCGGGGGGCAGCCGUCGGCAGGUGUGGGGGGGCCGCCGGCGGCCAGGCGUCGCACUGCCGAUGCCGGGCCGGCUGGCGCGCAGCAGCAGCCCAGUGGGGCUCCCGCGCCACAGCCGCCCUUUGAUCAGCGGGCAGCUGCUAGACAGGAGCAGAAGCUGCAAGUCGUGAUGCGGCGGUACUUGGCCGAUUUGGCGGAACUCACUCUCCAGCAGCAACGGCGGGUAGAGCAACAGCAGCAGCAGGAGCAGCAGCGCCAGGUGCAGUCGCUUAUGCCCCAGACCGGCUCCCAGUUUGGGGUCCUGGCCACGCUGGGGGGACAGGACGGGGCGGGUGAUGGCGCUGCCACGGCGGCGUCCGGGCGUGGGCGACGGGUGCAACCAGCCGCGCACGCACAGCAGCCGCCGCUGCCGGCGACGCUGCCGGGCUGGCAGCGAGGCAGUGGCGCCACGGAAGGCACGCCCCCUGCGCGGCAGGAAGGCAAGACUCCAGCGCCGUCGUGUCAGUAGCGUUUUUUUUUUUUUGAGGGAUCAUCCUUACAAGGUUGAACAGGGGCAGACGCGCUGCCCCCCUGCUGCCUGAAGACAGCCUGGUCCCCGAGACCAGAACCCUGACAGGGCAAGAAGAGAAGAAAAGAGAAGAAAACAGAAAGCAAACACCUCGAAAUAGAAAUAGAAAUAGAAAUAGACACACCCUGCCGUAGGCAAGUGGUGUGGAUUAAGGGAGUGGGGGGAGAUGAGGAGGUGGGUCCGACCCACCUCCUGUACGCCCCCACUACCGAGCAUUUGGCGGCGGGCGGGCGUGCAGGCUAGGCCUGCGCCCCGCCGGGAUGCUACAUCCCUUCUGGGUUGCCGGUUGGCAGUCCCCGUUCGAGGCGCCGACGGGUCAGGACUAUGUGGUUGAGGGUGGCGACUGCGUGGUCGUGUAGGGUGUCGCAGCACUGCCUCGCUUUGUGGGAGGUGACGCCCAGGGAGGUGAGGAGGGGGUGGAGAUCUUUGUGGAUUGUACCUGCAAACCCAAGGCUGAUGGCACUCUGUGGGGUGUAUUGCACUUUCCAUCCCGCUUCCCGCAGGUCGGCUGCAAGGGCCUGGUGCUGUUGUGCUUUUUCGUGUUGCUUGGCGGCGUGGUUCGUGUCGGCGGUGUAUCCUGCUUCGAUGAUGUGGAUGGUGUCGUGUUCGCUGGGCAGCACGACAAAGUCUGGGUUUAGGGCUGCGGCGAGGGAGAUGGAAGGAAUUAGUAGGAUGUCGGGGCGGUAGUGUAGGUGGCGUCCUGCUGGUUUGCCCUCCUGGUCGGGGAGCAGCCAUGGCGGCAAGCGGUUGUCAGCCGCGUAGUCUGGCAGAUCGGCUUUAGACGUGGCGUCCAUUACCAUGUAGCAGCCGCCGCAGUCACCGCGGGAGAUGGCUCGUGUGAUGGCCUGGACUGCAAUGUUGUGUCGUUUAAUGUACAUUGCACGGAGUUGGGGGUUGUGGCAGCCUCCCAGUAUGUGGCCGCCGGAGUCGGGUCCGCGGCAGAGUGGGCAUGGAGCGGGGGUAUCGGGGCCAGCGCGGGGGGCUCGGCGGCCUGUAACUGUGCGGCCGAAGCGGGCUGCGAGUUUGUUGUUCCACAGUUGCCCGUAUAAGUAGUCCAUGCAGCGUUUGGCCUUGCGGUGUCGGCCUGAUUGCAGGUUCAUGGUUCGGGUGCUGGAUUUGAUAUCCAGGUCUGGGAUGGCGUUGGCUACGAAACCAGUGUAGAGGGUUUCGCGGGUGUGGCCUUGGGCGAUGUGCGGGGCUGCGAGCGUGGCGAUGCCGCGGUUGAGGUCAUGCGCGUAGUGUCCUUCGUUCUUCUCUCGUGGCACCCCUUCCACAGUCGGUUUGAUAGUUUUACGUAUCCAGUAGUAUUUACUACGCGGGUCGUUAUCGGACUCCUCGAAA